UAGCAGGUUAGUGUGAGAGGCGGCGAGCGGCGGCCGGUAAAAUGGCGGCGGCGGCGAGGGCGGCCGAGGAUGCGAACUGAUGACACUGACGUUCCUCUUUGCGCUUUGCUGUUGGAUAAGGACUUGUCCGGCCAAAGAAUUUCAUGAGGAGGACUGAGAGGGGACGUCGUGAUGGAAGGCUCUUCAUCUCCCAACACCUCUAGGCAGCCGUCUCGCAAACGAGAAGGGAGUGUGGAAAGCCAGGGGCGGUCGCGUGUCCGGGUGAACUCCAAGCCGGUGAAGAAGGCGCGGCGGGUGGCACAAUGGAACACCAAGGACUACACGGUCCACGACACUGACAAUGACAUGCUCCUGAUCAUUUCCAACGAUAGUGAGGUGCAGAGGAAGGCCAGGACCAGAAAACCAUGGGCCAAGAAAAGCAACCACAAGUCCAAUAAGAAGCAUAGUCCAAAUGGUACCAAGCUAUCCCCAGUUGGCACGAGGGCGGCUGGUUCUGACCUGGACUGCUCUGAAGACCAGCGGAAGCUAAUGAACUCUGAACGGAAGGUCGUGAAGGAAGAGGACUUGGACCGAUGGGGUCAGCAGCUUCCAGUUGAAGUCUUGGUUCAUAUUUUCCAUUACGUGGUGUCGUCAAAUGGUGCUGUCCCGUUUCUCUGCAGAAUGGCUCGAGUGUGUCGCCUGUGGAACGGAGCUGCUGAGAACGGCAAACUCUGGCGCAGGGUCACCAUCUCCCAUUGCUGGGUCAAUCCUGCAAAGAAACUCCAGCCUCCGGUUCAGAGAAAAAUCCAAAACACCUUAAACUGGCUGACGGACAACAGGUUUUCACAGCUCCAAGAGUUCUCCAUCUGUCACUGGAGCAAUCUAGUGAGCUACACCAUGAAGGUCAUCACUAAGUCCUGUCCUCAAUUAGUCUCCUUGCGACUGACCAACUGCAAUGGCGUGACAUCCGAUGUCUUUGAGUCGUUGGCCAUGCAUUCCCGGAAGCUGGAGAGUUUAAAUCUACAGCAUUCAGUGGUCGAUGUAGCAGCUGUUGUUGGUUUCCUUGAGACAGCGGGUUCGAACCUCAAACAGCUUUGUGUGACGUAUAACAGCCGUCUCCACAACAUCUUCAAUGCCAUCGUGGCUGGCUACUGUACUGAACUUCGGCUACUGGAGGUCAACACUGAAAUCAAGCAGACCAACCCCUACUUCCAGUUCUGUAUUGAGAUGCUGCAGGCAGGCUGCCCCAAACUGCAGGUGCUGCGACUGCUGAAUCUGACCUGGUUCCCGAAGGCUUGCACCAUGAUCGUCUCGCCCGAAGUCGGAUUCUCGGAGCUGGAGGAGUUGUGCCUGGCCACUUCCUCCUUCUCACUGGUCACGGACGAAGUUCUGGUGAAACUGCUCCACCUGUCCUCCAGGCUGCGCACUUUGGACCUGAGGGGCUGUUACCGGAUCACAUCAGCGGGGUUACAGCUCCUGCCCUGUCAAGAUCUUGUGCGGUUGUUCCUGGGCCUUUACUGCAGCACCACCACGCUGCUGUUGGCCAAGCAGGGUUCUGAGCAGAUGGCACUGAAGUGGAAACACUCGUUGGAAGAGCUGGAUCUCACUGGUCAGUGCUACAAAGAGAAGGACCUUGAGUUGGCCAUGGGAAUCCUGGCGGGGCCUGAGGGGAAUUUCGUCUUACGCUCUCUCAACCUGGCUGGGACCAAGGUCACCCUGGAUGCAAUCAGGGUGGUAGUAAGCAGCAGCCCUGCCCUCAGCUACCUGAACUUGACGUCCUGCCGCUGCCUGCCCCGCGGGCUGAAGAGGAUCUACCGGGGCCGAGAUGAAAUCUCCCAGUUUGUCAACUGCUUACUGAGCGGCGGAGGAGGACAGCAGCUCACUGGCGAUCGGCGGCCGCAGGGGAAGUGCGUCAAGUAAGAAUCCCGCUCGCAUGAGACCAACGACGGCUAGAGUCGACGGGUAGUGUGUCAGCCUCACCUCCACAAACAAAUCCCAUGUGUCCAACUCGUUCCGUAAAGUUCAGAGCACAAUCGAUAAAUAAAGCAAAAACCGUAUCAACUGCACUGCAGGCCAAGCUCCGUGUUCUAGGUUGACCUCAGAGGUACUCUGUGCAGGUCAAAGCUGAUUUGGACUGCAGUCAAUGGAAUUUAGUGUUCCGGUCACCAAUCGUCCUGAGGUUUACCCCAUCACCUUCAAAAGAACAUGGAUCGCCAGCCGACAUCUGUGGCAGGCUGGAGCACGGGACCAGCCUGCAGUAUAAGGUGUCUUGUGCGGAGGCUGGGGACAUAUUGCAAGGUGGCCACAGCCAUUAGAGGACGCCUAGGGCAGGCCAUGAUCUGGUCUGAGCUGUUGACGGGCUUCCCUGAGACAACCUGAGUGCAUUGGCUGGUGGAGUGAAAGUGAUAGAUGUUCUUAGACCAGGAAUUGUCUCUGAAUGUAAACAAAGUCCCAUCUGUGGAGGUGUGCAUUGUUAUGGUGUGUUUUCAAAGGGCUUGCUCUGGGCACUCAUCCCGAGUUUAGUGCCUUAAGCGUCUUCCACUUUAGUGGUGCACAGUAGUGCAGUCGGGAGAACUGCUGCCUCACUGCGCCGGAGACCCAGGUUUGGUCCUGUGCUCGGGUGAUGUUAGUUGUGGAGUCUGCUCGUUCUCUCCGGAUUUUCAUCCGGGUGCCCCAGUUAUAUCCCUGAUCCCAAAGACGUGCAGGUCUGAGUUAAUUGGCCCUCUGUAAAUUUCCUACGUGUGUAGGGAGUGGAUGCACAAGAGGGAUAAUGUGGAACGAGUGUCAAAAGGCCGAUGGAUGGUUGGCAUGGAUUUGGUGGACCGAAGGGCCUGUUUCCAUACUUUAUCAUAUUCAAUUGAUUCAUUUUCUGUACAUUUCUCCUAGCUGUGCACCGUACAACAUUAUCUCCACUGUCCAAGGUGCAGAAAGAGUCUUAGUUUUAUUUCCUUGUGAGGAACUUUGGACAUUCCCUUUUUCUGUUCACUUUCACUGUUGCCUUUUUACGUGGUGUGUGUGGUGCCACAGGUAGUGUGGUUUUAUAUUUCCUGGUGCUCUGGAUCAUCUGCUUGGACAGUGAUUGGGAACCUGGACACGAGGGGAAUUGAGAGGCAGUGGUUCUAAAUCAAACUUGCCCUUAUUGUUGACUUAAUCAACCGAUGGAUGGAAAAUCACGUUAUUUAGAGUGUCGCUGAUGGGAGACAUUGGCUCCAUUUCUCUCGCCACCGAGGCAGCUGGCUGCUUCCUCCGGCAUUUGCUGAUUGGAUGCUGCGUUGUAUCCAUGACUAAUUUUGCCUGACGCCCAGUGGAAAGCAGAGGAAUAACGGCAUCUGCAGGACUCCUCUGAUUUCAGGAGCUCUUCAUUCAGUCAGUGUUUGGUGGGAGGUUCUCUCAACAGACAUUCAGAGGAUGCAAGGCCUGGCCAGGUCUCCAAAGCAGAUUUUAAAAUCAUUGUACCUGGAUGUGUACCAGCGAGUAGUUGACAUUGCGUACAACAACCCCCCACCUGAUAUUCCCAUGACAUGUUUCAGAUUUUGAUCAGCUGGGUGCAUGAAAUGUUUCCUUGUACAAGCUGUCAGGGGCCACUUACUUUUUGACGCGGGGCUAUUGCUACCGGUAACAGAGUAAAGAUGGUCUUCUACUUGCCUUGCUUUUUUCUGUCGGUGCACUCUGAGUGAUUGUAAAGUUACUGGUGGAGGGGGUAGCUGAGGCAAGACCAUGACACCCAGACCCUGCUCGCUGGUCUGUCCACGGGUAGGGGAACAGGCAGCGCUGCAGUCUCUUCACCUCUUCCCUCCCCUGAGGGGGGAGUCCCAGAUCACGGUGCUGUUCAACUUCUAUACCCCAGGUUCCAACAGCAAUACAUUGUGUCACUGGUCUCAUUCGGAGACCACUUUAAUUAGGAACGUGCAAAGUGCUGCAGUAAGUCAACUGGCCCGGCCGCAUCUCUGGAAAACAUGGAUAUGUGACAUUUCAGGUUGGGAUCCUUCUUCAGUUUGAAGGGCCCGACCCGAAACAUCGUCUGUCGAUUCUCUCCAAAUAUGCUGCCUGACCCGCUGAAUUGUCCCUACUCAACAUUCCAGCACCUGCAGUUCCUUGUCUCAAUUAGAAGCUUAUUCCUUUCCUAUCGGUACAAAGUGAUGACUGCCUUUCCACAUUGAGAAUGGAUAAAACAUUGGUGACUUGUGAAUAUGUAAAUCAUGGUGCAUUAUAGAAAAUAUGGAUUUAUAAUUGUUAUGCUGUAAACUAUGGGGGCUAUUGCCAGCUUUCAAUCUCAGGAAAAGGUUGCUUUCUCAGCCGGAACCAAGCCUCAACCAACUGAGCAGCCUGGGUGCUGCAUUGGAUUCUCUGCAGUGAUUGCUGAGCUUAGCCAGGCCAGGCCCAACCUUGCAUUGAAGGCAGAGUGAGCCCAGCUGGAAAUCCUCCUGCUGCUGUACAGCAACCUGACCAGGGACACCCCCUGCAGUUCACUCACUGUUUUACAGUGCGAGUUAUCUUCCCAGCAAAGGGUCUUCCAUUUGGGGGAAUUAGUGGUGGGUGUUUUAGGGUGGAGGAGGGGACGGGCAGGAACAUUUGGGACUGUGUUGCAGCAGCUGAUAAACCAGUAACCGCUGCCUCUGCUAACUGGCAAAUGCUUCUAUUUUAUGAAAAUGUUUUUUUAUCUCCUAUCGAUUGUGAUUGUAGAAAUAAAUAACUGGGAUAAAAUAUUAAUAAUAAUAAUAAAAUAUUUGGAAAACCUAAA